AUGUUGCUUCGUUGGGGUCUUGCGCUGAAUGCACUUGUUGUUUGUUUGCUAUGCAACUCGUGCUGCUCCUCAGCAGUUGAGGUCAGGGAUUUCGCAGGAGGGCCACAGGUGACGGUUGAAGAUUCGAAACUCUUGACACAUGCCGAUUCGCAGGACGUUGUACUGUUAAGUCCACAGUACACGGUAGAACUCUCAGGGACUAGGGGAGUAAUGCGCUUACUCCUAGGAUUCACCCUCAUCUUGGGAACAAUCCUCUACGCAAUGUUCGUUACCUACCCCAAAGCGAUGCCCCCUUUUAAAGAUCUUUUCGUGCAGGCGAAACAGGUAGCCGAUGUGGUGGCAGGAGAAGUGCCUCGGAGCAAGGCGGAGAUAAUCCUGGAGAGGCUUGAAUCAUAUGCAGAGAAAAAUCCGGAGGAAGUCUUCCUCCAUGCAGCAGCAUUCUCCACUGGCCUGCUCCUUUGGUUGUGGGGACUAGCUGCUCUCCGAAAGCCACGCAGGGCCAGAUUUGCAUGGAUUACUGUGUACAGUUCAACAGGAGUGGCCCUGCCGCUGUAUUUUGUCUGUUGUUUGCCGUGGGUCAGCGUUGCAUUUACAGUUCACUGA